UCCCGCUUCCCAGAAACUUGUCUCGCGCGCCACGCCGUCCGUCUCCAGGGCAACCCGGCUCCUCCUAGCAACCGCGCAGCCCUGCUAUGGCGGCUGCGGGUCCCAGUGUCUUCCUGCUCAUGGUCAACGGGCAGGUGGAGAGCGCCCAGUUUCCUGAGUAUGACGAUCUCUACUGCAAGUACUGUUUCGUGUACGGCCAGGACUGGGCCCCCACGGCGAUGGUGAAGGAAACAGCUCUCCCAGCUGCUGCCCAGAGAGGGGAGGGGCGUGGUAGCCCGGAACUGGGACACUGGCUGUCACUGUCGUCCUCGCAGGGGCUGGAGGAGGGCAUCUCACAGAUCACAUCCAAGAGCCAGGAUGCGCGGCGCGCGCUGGUGUGGAACUUCCCCAUCGACGUCACCUUUAAGAGCACCAACCCCUACGGCUGGCCGCAGAUCGUGCUUAGCGUAUAUGGGCCGGACGUGUUCGGGAACGACGUGGUCCGAGGCUACGGGGCGGUGCACGUGCCCUUCUCACCCGGACGGCACAAAAAGACCAUCCCCAUGUUUGUCCCAGAAUCUGUGUCUAAACUGCAAAAGUUUACCAGCUGGUUCAUGGGACGGCGGCCCGAGUACACAGACCCCAAGGUGGUGGCUCAGGGGGAAGGCCGGGAAGUGACCCGCGUCCGCUCCCAGGGCUUCGUCACUCUCCUCUUCAACGUGGUGACCAAGGACAUGAGGAAGCUGGGCUAUGACACCGGGCCUCCGGACACACAGGGGGUCUCGGGGCCCAGCACGCCCCAGGGCCUCCCCCGGUGAAGGCAUCUGCCCCCUGGGACGGCCCAGCGACCCACCUGCCUGACCUGCCUCGGGGGUGGCGGGUGUUUGUGUAAUAAAGUGUCCCCUUUUCACAGA